CCGUAUAUAUAUAUAUAUAGAGAGAGAGAGAGAGAGAGAGAGAGCGUGUGUUCUUGUUUCCCCAAGCACCGCUUCGCUCAGAGAACGCCCACCGUCUGCGGUUUCGCUGCAGUGCAUUCUCCGACGAUGCAAGCCCUAGCCAUGUCCUACCGAUUCAAUCCGUCUGCACGCCGGCUGCAUCACUCACCGGCCACCGCCAUUUCCGUCCGAAGCUCUACCUCUGCCGCCUCUUUUCCUUUCGUCCGUUCUCUGCAAUGCUGCUAUCUCCAUUCUCCGUAUCUAGAUGAGUCCAAGUUUGCUGAGGCUUCCAGAAAGGGAAACUUAAUUCCGCUUCAAAAAUGCAUUUUCUCGGAUCACUUGACUCCGCUGCUCGCAUAUCGGUGCUUGGUCAAGGAAGACGAUCGAGAUGCCCCGAGCUUUCUUUUCGAAUCGGUGGAACCUGGUUUGGGUUCUUUGAGUGUCGGUCGUUACAGUGUGGUUGGAGCUCAGCCGGCUAUGGAGCUCGUCGCCAAAGAGAACAAAGUCACAAUCCUGGACCAUGAGAAAGGGUCCAUAACCGAUGAAGUUCUGGCAGAUCCGAUGGCGAUACCGAGAAGUAUUUCAGAGAGCUGGAAACCCCAAUUUAUUGAGGAACUUCCAGAUACAUUUUGUGGUGGAUGGGUUGGUUACUUCUCAUAUGACACAGUUCGCUAUGUAGAGAAAAAAAAGAUUCCAUUCUCAAAGGCACCAAAGGAUGACAGAAAUCUUCCAGAUAUUCAUAUAGGUCUCUACGAAGAUGUGAUUGUGUUUGAUCACAUAGAGAAGAAAGCGCAUGUGAUUCAUUGGGUAAGGUUGGAUCAAUACUCCUCCAUUGAGAAGGCAUAUGUUGAUGGAAUGAGACGCUUGGAAACAUUAGCCUCCAAAGUACUGGCCAUUGAUCCCCCAAGACUGUCUCCAGGCUCUGUGGAUUUACGCACACAUCAUUUUGGUACUAGUCUGACGAAGUCAAACAUGGGGAGUGAAGAAUACAAGAAUGCUGUACUGCAAGCAAAAGAGCACAUUCUUGCAGGGGAUAUUUUCCAGAUUGUAUUAAGUCAACGCUUUGAACGUCGAACAUUUGCUGACCCUUUUGAAGUCUACAGAGCUUUAAGAGUUGUGAAUCCAAGUCCAUAUAUGGCUUACUUGCAAGUUUGGUCUUCUUCGAAACUAUCUACAAUUUCCAGAAUUCCCAUUUAUUCCCCUUGUAACCCAAUUUAUGCAUUUAAUUAUUUUCCAUGUUUUCAGGUCAGAGGGUGUAUUCUGGUUGCUUCAAGCCCGGAAAUCCUUACACGUGUAACAAAGAAGAAUAUUGUCAAUCGACCACUGGCUGGAACCUGUAAACGAGGCAAAACACAAGCAGAAGAUGAGAUGCUUGAAGUGCAGCUGCUAAAUGAUGAAAAACAGUGUGCCGAACACAUCAUGCUUGUGGACCUGGGCAGAAAUGAUGUUGGAAAGGUUUCCAAAUGUGGUUCUGUGAAUGUGAAGAAGCUCAUGACUGUUGAACGAUACUCCCAUGUGAUGCAUAUCAGCUCUACGAUUACCGGGGAAUUACACAAUCAUUUGACUUGUUGGGAUGCCUUGUCUGCUGCAUUGCCUGUUGGAACAGUUAGCGGAGCACCAAAGGUGAAAGCCAUGGAGUUGAUAGAUCAACUGGAAGUAAAUAGGCGCGGCCCAUAUGGCGGUGGAUUUGGCAGCAUUUCCUUCACCGGCGACAUGGACAUUGCAUUGGUUCUGAGGACCAUAGUAUUCCCGACCGGAGCCCGUUAUGACACAAUCUACUCGUACAAGGAUGAGGGUAAACGGCACGAGUGGGUGGCUCACCUUCAAGCUGGUGCAGGAAUCGUGGCUGACAGCAUCCCGGACGAUGAGCAAAGCGAGUGUGAGCACAAAGCUGCGGGCCUUGCUCGUGCCAUCGACUUAGCUGAGUCGGCAUUCGUCCACAAGUGAUGCUUCUACUUUUCAGAGACCAAAACAUUAGAAAGAUGCUAGCUUUUUUUUCUUUUCUUUUUUUUUUUAAAAAAAAAAAAAUCUAUACCUUGCUUGCUGUUGUAAAUAUGGGCUUUGUCUUAUUGUUCUGGAAUAUCUGUAACUGAAUAAAAGCAAAAAGGAGAAAUGAAGCAAAGAAAGAAAGAAUGGCAG